GAUUUGCUUUUUAUUUAAUUAAUUAACCUAUCUUUUUACUAAUUCAAUUAUUACGAAUAAAAUGUUAUUAUUCUAAUAUUUAAAAAUGGAAGAUAGAUAUUUUGCAUGGGACGAAAUUUCUGAUGGAUUAAUUUUAAUAAGUACACAAAAGACCGAAGAUGAACACGUUAAAAAAAUUAAACAAAAAUCUGAUCCUGUUUAUCAAUCAAAGGUGUAUUGUCCACAUGCAUACUUAAUUUUAAAUUUUCAAGAAACCUUAAGUCAACGUGAAAAGUUACGAUUUAGAAGAUAUUAUUUAAGAAAAGUAUCUCCAAGUGAACCAGAUGUUAUUAUUUUACAAGAUAUAAAAGAUCUUGUAAUGUUUUUAUUGAUCAGUCCUAUAAGUCCUCAGUUUAUAAAUUUUUUCCAUUUACCAAUUGUUGAUCGUUUUUUAAGAGCUGCAAUACUUUAUUUUCAAUAUUAUGUGAUAACAUGGGAAGAAUUAAUGAAGGAACGUGCAGCUACUAUGAAAAAAGCACCAAAUCCUUUGGCUCAGGGUUAUAGAUUUAGAUAUGCAGAAGAAAUGCAAAAUCUUCGUUGUGUUUUAGGUAGAGAAUAUGCUGAUUUAAUAAUAGGAUGUCAAGAUGUUAUUCAAUAUCAUCAUAUGACAGGUGGAAAAAAAGGAACAUCUUUGACACAAUCACAAGGAGAAAAAGAUUUACGAAUAUUUGAAGUACUAAUUUGUAUGACACAUCGUAUUGUCUGGAUAGCUUUAGAACGCAAAUAUUUUAGUUUAAUUGAAAUAGAAUUGCAUAGAUUAUUUAGAACAGAAACAUAUAAUAUAGCAGAAAGACGAAGUAUAAGCCAUACUAUUCAGGAUAUGUUAUAUGAUGAUAUUAUAAUAUUGCAAGGUCAUAAAAUACAAGAAAAAAGGAAAUUAUUAAGAAAUUCUCCUUUAAUACAAGAAUUAAUAUAUUCGGAUUAUGAUUAUCGUCUUCUAUCUUUGGGAAUAGAAGAAAAUUAUGAUGAUGAACGUAUUCUUUAUUUAAAAUAUGCUCUUGUUAUUGAAGAAGAUAAAUUACGUGAAUUGGGAAUAAAAGUAGGAAUUUUAGGAGAAAACAGAGCAAAUUAUGAUAUUACUCUAAUGCCUUUAGAAGAAAAAGAUGAAGAACAAGACAAAAUUCAAUUAUCUGAAAGAAAAAAAUAUGAAAAAAGUAUUAAAGAUACAGUGCAAGAUAUAGAAAUACCGAUAAAAAUUCGAAGACUUCCAUUAUUUCAAACUAAACCUGAUCUGACACGAGAUUUUUCGAUGAAAACUAUAGAUAUAUCACCAAAAGGCUAUAAAAUUGCUCGAGAAAGAGCAAGAAAGAAUUGGUUGAUGAGAGAAUUAAAACGUCAGAAACAUACUGAAUACGAUACAUAUUCAGUAUCAACACUAUUAGAAUGAUUACUUAAAAACAAAUUAAAAAUUAUAAGUAUAAAUAUCUAAAUCAAUAUCAAUAUUUUUUUUUACGUUUCAUAUUUAUUUGUUAAAUCUUAAAAAGAAGUUUUUACUAACAAAAUCUUUUUAUGAAAUGUUUUUAAUCCAAAUAUAAUAUAAUUUGUAUUAUUAUAAUUUAGAUUACUUUUAAUUAUAUUAAAAUUUUUUAAAAAAAUUUGAAAUUUUUUUUUAAAUAUCAGUUAUUAAAAUAUAUUCUUUAAAAGAAUAUUUAUGCAAACUUAAAUUAAAAAUAUAUUAUUUUAUCAAUAAAUUAAAAAUUUUAAUAUUAUAAUAUAAUAUGUUUAUAUAUGACAAAUAAUAAAAAUAAUUGAUAUAUUCUAUCAAUUAUCGAAUAUAAAACUAUUCACAUUGCUAUGAUAAACUAUAUAUCUAUAUAUAAGUAUAUAUCAUUGAUAUUAUUUACAAUAAUAUCACAUGAAUAGAUAUAAAUUUCAGUUUUUAUUAGUUUUAUAAUUAAAUAAAUAAAAUUUAUAAAUUUAUUAUUUGUAACAAAUAUAUACUUAUUUACAAGAAAAUUAUUAUAAAUUAUUACAUAUCAUGAUAUGCAAGAGAUAAUUAAAAUAAAUAUUUCAUAUGAUAAAUAAGAAAUAAUAACAAAAUACUAUUCUUAAAUGUUUUUCAAAAUAAAAUAAAAUAAAAUAAAUAGAACACAAA